UCCAACACUGGAAGAUAUCCGCUGUUGGGGCGAAUCAUUUGACAAACUUAUGAAAUGUUCGGCGGGUCGCAAAGUAUUUCGCGAUUUCCUGAAAUGCGAGUACAGCGAAGAGAAUAUCCUGUUUUGGUUGGCCUGUGAGGACCUCAAGAAGGAGUCUAAUCCCGAUGUCAUCGAAGAAAAGGCACGCCUUAUAUAUGAAGACUACAUCUCUAUAUUAUCGCCAAAAGAGGUGAGUCUGGACUCACGGGUUCGGGAGAUAAUCAACCGAAAUAUGGUGGAGCCGAGUCCGCACACCUUCGAUGAGGCACAGCUCCAGAUCUAUACACUCAUGCAUAGGGACUCAUAUCCCCGGUUCAUAAACUCUCAAACGUAUCGAAAAUUAGCACAAAUUCCUUCUCCGACCCGAAAGGGAAGUGCGGCCUAACAUUGAUUGCAUCGGAUUUGGAUUUCAAUACAAUUUGCGGAUCAAACAAAUCAAUAAUUAAAUUCAAUUCAAUUAAUUGGACAUUAGUUUUGUGCAAAUAAUACAACUCUUAACUGGAAUGACUGACACACAUACUGACCAGCAUUUCGUGGAGUUUUAUUGUAUAGUUAGAGUCUUUUUAGAGUUAUUUAUUCACUUAUACUGAACGGAUCGCAACCGAAGCAUCACUUCUGUAAACAAAUUACAAAUUGUCUCAAAACCGAUGCUUCAGCUUAUGAUCUGUGUUAUGGAAAAAGCAAUUAAAUAAUUAAAUAAAACCCAAUAACGGCUCAACACCUCAUUGAUGGCAACAACACAACAAUUGUGUGAUGAAGUGAUCAAACACUACAACACCUCAACACCUCUGACCACAUACUGACCAUUGCUUUCAAUUCUCAUGAUUUCAUGUUUUGUUUCAAACACGACCAAACAUUUUAGAUUAUGUUUAUUAUUCAUUAUAUAUUGUUAUUAUUGUUUUAAGUUUAUUUUUGUUACUCUGUU